AUGGCAAGACCCUCAAGUGCAAGCAGCAAGUCCAACGUUCCCGGCAAGAAAGUCGUUGGCGUGGUUGAUACCUUCCGUCAGUCCAAGCCCGGCCGAAGAACGUCGAGUUGCGACAUGACUCCCACUAAGCCUUCCCUGGAAUGCUAUCAAGGACAGAAAGAUGAAGAGCAUGCACACUCGAGUAUGGCAGAUAUGAAGCGAAGAUGUCCUCCGAUGGGGAAGAACGAGAGCGAGUGGGUGCGCAGUGAGCACCCUGGACUCCUCACGAUGCACGAUGGGACAAAACGUUGGUACCAUUGCGAAAGAUGCUCCUACUUCAACAAUCGCCUGUAUCACAGUAAGAUGCAUUAUCUGCGCAUUCAUGUCAAGAAUGGAAAGUCGGUUAUCCGUAAGAGAAAGUAUCACAACGAAUCGGACAUGGCCCCGAACGUUCCAAUCCUGAGCCACCAGAGUCUUGAAAUGCCGCCAAGGAUGGAGCGUCCAAUGCAUCAUCCUAGCUAUUCAAUCCCAAAGCAGCCGGAGAUGGUCUCUGCAGUACCUGGAUCAGCAAGGAAUGUGAUGCUUCCCAGCAAGCCAGUGCCCAAAUACAAUCCAGGCUUCGGGGGACCACUUGUGAUGUUUUCAGAAGUUCAUCCACGAAGCUCUUGUUCAGAUUAUACAACUAUCCAAGAUGGGAGUGAGCCCAAGAAAAGGAGAAAAUCUAACUUCAAGAAGGUCACUCGCAAGAGACUUGAUUUUGAAUGCAAAGACGGUGGUCCAUGGUCCCCAGAUACUGCCAAGAUCCUUACAUUCUGUGACUCCUCGAUUGGAAGCGGAAUCCCUGAAUCGAAACCUUUGUUCUUGGACCUUGGUGUCUCCAACUUGAACAUGGUGAACUCGAUCCCAUGCAAAGCCAACGCAGUGAGCUGGCCGCGUGUCAAAUCAGAAACAGUGACUGUCAAGUCUGAGGAAGGCGCAGGUGCAUCAAUUGACAAAGGACUGAAUGAAUGCGAAGUGAAGAAGGAGAGGAACAUUGAAGAUGAUCUUUCGGAGCAUCGAGAUGAUGGCAGCAUCCCCAUGCAGCUUCUCACCCCUCAGACUUCACCUAGCAGGCCGAUCAGCAUCAAGUCACCUAUGUUGCACUCGCCUCAACAUUUCUUCUUGUGUGGGGACGGCUCAACAUUGGAAGGGUAUCCAUCAGUCACACCUGACCGUCUCAAGACUCCGACUAGAAUUCCUGCGGACGAUGCUGUUCUACAUCUGUGUACAUCGAUCAGCUCUGGUGACAGGAUGAGGACCAGGGCCUUCACGCCCAUGAAGGGUUCGAGCAACCCUCAUGUGGAAGCCGAGAAUGCGAUCUUAGAAAGCCUGAUCUGCCAUGAGAUCAUGGACACAACGAUUGCCUUCAACGAUCUGGACAAUUUUGAUGACUGGGGAGACAACCAGAAGGAGAUCGAGAACGAUCUCAACACCUGGCAACCGGCUUCCUCAGAUGGCAUCUGUGCUGCUACUUAA